AUGGUCCUGCUCUCAGGCCAGAAGCCCACCGCUGCUACGGAGGAGAAAGAGGAGGAGGAGGGCGACGAUGAGGUGCCAUUUCCCUGCACUAAGGGGCGGCGGCUGCGCGAAGACCGUUCCAGAGCUCAAAAGGGACUCUCCCUCUACUCUCCGCCUGGACCCCCUGGGCCGUUAGUCCUCCUAGCCAGAGAAGGGGAGAGCUAUCAAGCGUCUCUCAGACCAGAAUUGCGCCUCAGGGAGCCAGCCUGCCGCGGGCUCUUAAGCACUUACUAUCUGAUCUUGGGUCCUGAACCUUCCCCUCUGGUAGCUGAAAAUCAGUGCUUGGACCCACACCCAGAAGCUUCAUCUUCUUCAGGAGCGAGCCUGGGUACCAGGAAACAGGAGGAGGAGCUUCGGCCCCUGACCCCUCACAAUGCCCCGCCCGCCCUAGCCCCUGAUGUACCCACCGCCACCACCCAGGCACCCUCCCAUUCCCGGGAGCCUUGGGGCAAGGAGAGCCGCGAGCUGCGUGCUGGCUGCCUUUCAGCUGCAAGUUUGCAGAUGAGCCCUUGCAGGGGGGAGGAGAGAGAGAAAGGAGCCUCAGGCGAGUCAGUGCACCGCCUCUUCGGAGAAGUCCCACUGCUGCUUCAGGUCUGUCAGCUAGACACACAGGCGUGCGCGAGAGAGAGAAAGAGUCUGGCACCACCGCUACCCACCAGCCGGUGUGACAAGGAGUCCUCCAAGCCGCAGCAAAAACCUGCCCAAGGACUUACCCCAUGGAUUCCCCAUUUCCAUUGUGCCUUACCUCCAAAACUACAUCAGUUAUUGGAAGUGUCAGAGGAGAUACUACCACAUGGUUCCAGUUGCUCCCAGAAGUUCCCACUUCCCCCUUCCAGGACAAGUAGGCUUUUCAGAUUUCAUCAAAAUGGAACUAAGCCAGGAGCUGGAGUCCCAGGGAUGAAGAACUAUGAUUUGGUUUGA